AGCGGUACUGAUUUAAACUCUUGAGAGAAACUCUGCACGCAAGUCAUCUAAAGCAGCUGCUACCCCCAACUAGAAUAUUAACCUGUUGUAACGCUGUAAAUACCCGGAUCUCAACGACUUUUACACUUAAUUUAAUAAGUUAUUGCAUCCGUGAUCAUUCUAAUUAUAUUAAUAUGGGGAGAGUAAGCAGCGCUUGUUUUAUAUCUUGGACGUUUUUUGUCUACAUUUCCUCGAGGUUUGCAACUACGAUUGAGCCGAGUGAAUUUACCACUUUUAAUAACAUCAUGGACAAUGGCACAGAAUGGAUGACGGACUUCAGUGAUAUAGAGUCCAAGUUUUCCUUCAGGACCAGUGAAGAACCUGAAGACGAUCUCUGCUACAUAGUUCCAGGUCAACCUGAAACCAUCAAAGAAUGUAACUUCAAUCCAGACAACAAGACUUUCAUAGUUAUUCACGGAUGGACGGUUACGGGUAUGUUUGAAAGCUGGGUUCCCAAACUGGUAACAGCCCUGCUUGAACGAGAGCCAACAGCCAACGUGAUUGUGGUGGACUGGUUGUCCCGCGCGCAACAACACUACCCUACAUCAGCCGCCUACACCAAACUAGUGGGGAGGGAUGUGGCCAAGUUUGUCAACUGGUUACAGGCUGAGAUUGACUAUCCUUGGGAGAAGCUCCAUCUUUUGGGCUACAGUCUUGGCGCUCAUGUAGCAGGAAUCGCUGGUCUUCUCACCAAACAUAAAGUUAACAGAAUCACAGGCAUGGAUCCUGCUGGCCCUAGUUUUGAGUAUGCAGAUGCCCAAAGCACUCUUUCUCCCGAUGAUGCCCUUUUUGUGGACGUUCUUCACACCAACACCCGCGGUUCCCCAGAUCGCAGCAUUGGGAUUCAGAGGCCAGUGGGCCACAUAGACAUCUACCCCAACGGAGGAACAUUCCAACCCGGCUGUGACCUCCAGAACACUGUGUUGAUGGUGGCCACCACUGGUUUAAGAAACAUGGAUCAGAUCGUGAAGUGCUCCCACGAGCGCUCCAUCCACCUGUUCAUCGACUCGCUGGUGAACCAGGAGCAAGAAAGCUUUGCUUACCGUUGCAGCUCCAAAGACAGCUUCAACAAGGGCAUGUGCCUCAGCUGCCGCAAGAACCGCUGCAACAAGGUGGGCUACAGAGUCAACAAAAUUCGCACACGCAGGAGCAGCAAGAUGUACAUGAAGACCAGAGACGUUAUGCCAUAUAAAGUUUUCCAUUAUCAAGUGAAGGUCCACUUCUUUGGCAAGACAAAAUUAAGCUACACUGAUCAGCCCAUGAAGAUCUCAUUGUACGGAAUCCACGGCGAGAAGGAAAAUAUCCCCUACAUUAUGCCUGCUUUGAACACAAACACCACCGUGUCUUUCCUGCUGACCACGGAUGCGGACAUCGGAGAGCUACUGAUGGUAAAACUUCUCUGGGAGAAAGACACCCUCAUCAGCUGGCCAUGGUGGAACCCCGAUACCUUCCACAUUCGUAAACUAUGCAUCAAAUCAGGAGAAACUCAGUCUAAAAUCAUCUUCAGUGCCAAAGAAGGUGAAUUUUCCUACCUUUCCCGUGGAGGUGAGGCCGUGGUCUUCGUGAAAGACAAAGAAGCCUUUGGUAAAAGAGCAAAAUCAACAAACGAUUCUGCCACUUUUAUUUUGUGUGUUUUUUGUCACCUCCUUCAAUUCAGUUUUGUUUGGUAAAAGCAAAAUUAACAAACGAUUCUGCCACUUUUGUUUUGUUUCUCAUCACCCCCUUCAUAGCAACUUUAGUUUACACAUGAGCCAGCCAAGAAGUAAAACAAGAUGCAUUUGAUCUAAGAAAUGUUGACAGUUUUCCAGGCCUGACAGGGUUGACUGCCCCACAUAAUAGCCACAAAUACACCAAAACUGUUCCUUUUUCCUAUUUAUUAAAUGUAUAUAUUUGUAUAUUAGGCACAUAAUAUAUGUAUUCCAUGUUUCUGAAGUGUUCUUGCCUUUUCUUUUGAAUUCUGUAGCCUCUCUAUUUUUAUAAACAAAAGUUGACUGAUUGAAGUCACUUGAAGGAAAUGAAAUGAUCAGUUGUGAUCAUAUGAAUCUAUAAGCCGUGCACUGUAUGAUGUCAUUUUAAUAAACAUUGUUACGGUA